UUGAUGUAAUUCAAAUUGACAAGCAACAAUUACAAUAUAAUAAAUGUACGGAGGAGAGAACAAAAUCUUGAAUUCCCAGUUUCCUUUGCCAAUAGAUAGAAAGGCGUCGAUGAUAAAUAUGAUUACAAUGUGCUAACAACAAAAGUAUAAAUAACUCAAAGUAUAACUAAAAAUAAAUUAAAAUAUUGCUUAUAGCAAAUGAGUAUCUUUGACCUUUUCCAUUGCAAAAAGAUGCAAGAGCAAACUCCAAAAUGGAAAAAUAAAAAAUAAAAUACAAAAAACACAUAAAGUUGAUUGGGCCCCUAGUAGUUAACAAAGAAAAAAGCAAAAAUAAAAUAAAAUAAGACCCAUUUGGAUCUGCUUCCAUCGUGCCUACCCUUCAAAAAAUACUUUUCAUUUAUGUUAGAGAGAGUUUUUCAGCCAUGAGAAUAAGGAAGCAUGCCAAAAUUUCCCCGCUCCACUAUGCUUCUUCUAUAUUUCUCAAACAACACGGUACCGUUUUACAGACCCACGUUAAUUGUCAGCUCAACCAGUCACCAUGGGAUGUUAUUACAUUUCCCUUAGAUGAACAACAUAUUAACCAGCAAACUCUAUUUGUUCCUCAUCAGUUGGAUGGAUAUGAUAACUACGCCGUAAAUGGGACCUUUUAUGAUUCAGAGCAGAGCAUCACGUCAAUGAAGCUCGAUGAUAAUACAGAAAUGAAAGGGAUGAAUUAUUUUAACAGUAAUAAUGUCGCUGAUGUACCUGCUGAUAUCGACGAUUUUAAGAAAGAGCAAAACGAGGAGAUGGGGGAGGUAGGGUUGGAGAAAAAUGAAGAUAAUAAUAAUGUUACAACUAUGUGUUGCAAGAAUGACGGGAAAGGAUGGCAAUGCAGUAGAGAAGCAAAAAAAGGGCAUACUUUAUGUGAGCACCACUUUGCUCAAGUGAAAAAGAAUUACAGUAGUAGCAACUCACCUCAUUCUACUAUUACUACUGCUAACAACUCCGACGCCAAAAUUAACAGUACUCCGAGUUCUCGUGGCCGCCCCCAUCGACCUAAGAAAUCGUCGUCUUCGGAAUUCUACUAUUAUUCUGGUUUUGGUCCUUUAUGGGGCAAGAAAAGAGGUCCAUCGAGUGGGAAGAAUAAUAAUGCAGGUGAAAUAUACUCUAGUGAUAGUUACGGGGCACAAUCUUCAUCUUCUCAAAUGGAUAAUGAAGGUAAUUUUGACUAUAUUGAAGACGAGGAUGAUCAAGUUGAAAACUGUCAGACUAAAAGAGCCCGUAAGCCCAUCAAAGCUAGGUCACUCAAAUCUUUAAUGUGAAAUUCAACAGCAAUUUCUAGCUAGCUAGUGUAUUACUGCUUUUUGGUCGACAAGUGUUGUGAUUAUUAUCGUAGAAGGGUGUUAGUUUUUUUAAUUAGGUUAUGAUAGAUUAUUUUGAUUUCUUGUUUACUUAUAAAAAAAACAAAAUAACAAAAAAAACAAAAAAGAUUUUGGUUUGA